GACAGUUAUGGAGAGGAGGAGUGUGGCAGAGGAGAGGCUGCAGGCUAGUGCGCAUGCGCUUUGUGGCAACAGGGAGCCUUGAUUUUGUCCGGGAUUUCCAAUUCUGCAGCAGAGAAGCUGAGCCUGUGCCACUGCCUCCGAGAUCAAGCGGUGUCCAAGAGGGGAUUUAAAUCAAGCACGGCUGGGAUCAGUUGUCAAAACUCUGCCUCAGACCCCCACAAGCCCAUCUCCCGUACGUUUCCAAGGAAGAUCUGCACAGAGUUACAUAACCAAAAUGGGGAAACAGAACAGCAAACUUGCUCCAGAGGUGAUGGAGGAUCUUGUGAAGAGCACAGAGUUUAACGAACACGAGCUGAAACAGUGGUACAAAGGCUUCCUGAAGGAUUGCCCCAGUGGCAGACUCAACCUUGAUGAAUUCCAACAGCUUUAUGUAAAGUUCUUCCCAUAUGGGGAUGCAUCAAAGUUUGCUCAACAUGCAUUCAGAACCUUCGACAAAAAUGGAGAUGGAACCAUUGACUUCAGAGAGUUUAUCUGUGCUCUCUCGAUCACUUCAAGGGGAAGCUUUGAACAGAAACUCAAUUGGGCCUUUAACAUGUAUGACCUGGAUGGUGAUGGUAAAAUUACCAGAGUGGAAAUGCUGGAGAUCAUAGAGGCUAUUUACAAGAUGGUCGGCACUGUGAUAAUGAUGAAAAUGAACGAAGAUGGUCUCACGCCUGAGCAACGAGUAGACAAGAUUUUCAGCAAGAUGGACAAGAAUAAUGAUGACCAGAUUACACUGGAUGAAUUCAAAGAAGCUGCAAAGAGCGACCCUUCCAUUGUAUUACUGCUUCAGUGUGACAUUCAGAAAUGAGAUCGCCCUGAGGCACUACGGACUGCACAGAAAUUUCAAUGUUCCAUUCAGUUUGCAGCUAUUUCCACAACUAAAUCAAAAACAAAAAAAAAUUGCUUGGACUACCUAUAAAUGGACUUGCUUCUUGUGUUUGAAACACUCGUGUGCAUGAGAAUGUCAUUUGCUAAAGAAUUUUAAAAAAAAGUAUAUAAUAUAAAAAUCUACUGCCACAAUGUGAAGUGUGCAAUGUAAUUUCAUACAGUCCUAUUCCUCUAAGCUUGUGCAUCAGUAAAUGUACUGCAUUUAAUGAACCUAUUUAUUGUUAUACUGAUGCUAGCUUUCUGUCUCCUAUUCUGUUAGUGGUAGUGACACUGAAUUUCAUAGCAAUGUAACUGUUUAUAAAACUCAUUUCACCCGCUAAAGUAGUACUGGACAGACAGGGGUAUGUUACCUCAGCUCACGAGUCUGAUCCACACGUGCUUGUGUUGUCAGUGGAUAUAAAUGUAAUUCUUUUGCAUGCCUUUUAGGUUUGCCUUAAUUCUUACCUCACUUGCAUCCUUUCAAAAUGGAAAGAGUGGAAACUCAGAUAUGCAGUAUGAUCAAAUGUAAGCAAAUUUGUUGAACCCUCCCAAAUCUAUCUGUCUGUCUAAUUAUCUAUCAUCCCCUUCUCUCUCUACCUCUCCAUCACCUUCUCUUUUCUCUCUAUCAUCCUCUCUAUAAUUUUAUCUUUAUCUCUCCCUUCUAUCACUCUUCAUAUUUAUAUAUGUUUAUAUAUCAACAUAACAAACAUAUAGAUACGUUAUUUCAUUGGGAGGUAAAACAAUACCGUAUUCUUUCUCAGAAGUGCAUUGUUAAUUUUAUGCCUGAAUUUUCAAGAGCUUAAAAAAGGUUGCAGUAUAUGUCCCCAAAAUAAAUUAUUUAUAACAUUUGACUCUUUCCCCCAUAACUAUCGUUUUUUGCCAAGACUGGCUGUUGUGGAAAUGUUGGACUUUUUUCCGUGGCAAUAAGAUACUGGCAUAUGGAAGAUUAUGGGAAAUAUUAUUUGCGUCUAUCAGCAAUAUAAAGAUUAAAGUAGUAUAGUUUUAAAUAAUAUAUCGAGCAUGAGGAAUAUAUUUUGUAUUUUUAUUUUUCAGUCGAUUUUCAUAACACAAUGUAGAUGAGUUGUCUCUUUUUUGGUAGAACAAAGCACGGAAUUGAAAUUAUUGGGAUUAAAUACUUAAACAGCUAUAGUUUUUUACACUUUGCAUAAACACUGGAUUGCUCCUCAGAGUUAAGGAGAAGUAGAUGCAAUAAGCAAUAAUGUACAAUCGUUUGGAAAUUCCAUAUUAAUGUAUCACUUAUAGAAAUUAUUGUGCUCUACUGAAUUUAGGCUUCACACUCUCCUAAUGACGUCUUUCUUUAAUAGGAGCAUUGCAAGCUUGAACUUUCUGAAAUAUUACUAACAGAAAGUAUGUUGGAGUCUAGAUGACAUUAAAUAAUGAUUACAAUAUUUCGUUAGCUAAUUACAGAUAAAAAAAAAACUGGAAACCAUUCAAAAAAUGGGGUUGCAUCAGUUGUUUUUUAAAUCACAGACCUCUACUGAUAGACAUAUAUGUUAGUUGGUUAGUGAACUAAUAUAAAAACUAAGCUUACCUAUAUUUAAGUAAAGAGGAGAACUAAAGUAUUGUAAGAUUAAGGAAUAGUAGCUUUUCAAAUCAGUUCUCUCUUUGGAGGAGUAUUAGAAUGUGUCCCUAAAACUCAAGCUAAGUGGUUCCUCUAUGAAUUUGUUGGGAUCUUUUGGCAUAUAAUUAUCUAUAUUUUAUUCAUGUAUCAAAAGCUACCAAUUCAAAUAAAGAAUGGGCUGAAAAGGUCUGAGGCUCAAAAUAGCAGCUGCACAUCUCUAGUCAAGAACAUUUGUGCAUUUACUUAUUAAAAGAAAAUGUUUAGAGGUUGUAUACUUAUAACUUAAAUAUCACAUUUUCCUUGAGAGAUGUUAUAACAGGAUAACACAGUAGGGAAAUAUUGUCAUCAAUUAUUAUUAAACUGUUGUAGAUGUCAUUUCCAACUAUAGAUCAAAAUUUAAUUUACCACCUUAAUAAACAUAACCGGUCCAAUACAAAUUUAAACAACUCAUAAAUACUUUUGAAUUGAAGUAGAAUACAUCUUAAAAAAACUAGCCUAAUAUAGAUGGUGGACAAAUUUUUGAAGAGAGAUGGAAGCUGACUUUAUUAGAGCAUCUGGUCCAUUCUGCAAAGUGUUGUUUGAACCCACAGCAUAGAGAGAGUUAAUGUUAUAUGCUGGAAUUUAACACAUUUUACCCUGCAACAAUUCAUGCAAGUAAAUGUGCCAACUGGGAUGUUUCCUAAUCUGUUCACUUUUAACAAUUUAAAUAAAGGAAAAGUGGAAAUAAA